GCUGCGCGUUCAUGUUCCUAUUUCUCGCUCCGCAGCGACGGGAGCGCGCAGCGGGUCCCUCUCUUGCACUGAGGAAAAUAGCGCCGGACGGACCGUAGCAGCGACUGUCCGGGGUUUAUGAAAAAACAUGUUUUUGCCACCAUCCUUCGAGCUCAACGCUGUCCAGUUUGGUAAAAAUCAUGUGAAGGAAUCUACGGCGCGUGCGGAUGCCACUUUUUUCCACAUUUAAACUCGAAAAAUCUAGAGGACUGUGAAACUCUGAUUAAAAAUAACUGGAAUUGAAGUUAACUCUGAAAAGGUGCAGAAAUGGCUAGACGGCUCCUGCUGCUUGUUGCUUUGUGGACUGCUUUGAUGGGCAUUGCACAGGGCUGUCCAAAGCUCUGCAGCUGCCAGGACAAAUUUGCCAACCAGUUUGUUGAUUGUGCCUACAAAGAUCUGCUUGAGGUGCCUGUCGGCUUCCCCUUUAAUGUUACCACCGUCAGCCUCUCAGCCAACAAGAUCAAAUCCCUUAAAAGUAAAAGCUUUGUCAACAUCACUCAAGUCACCUCUCUCUGGCUGGCACACAAUGAGAUCGUCAGUAUUCAGACCAACACCUUUGCCCCCCUUAUUCAGCUUCGCAACCUGGACAUCAGCUUCAAUAAGAUUGUAAACUUCCCCUGGGGGGAUCUGCAGAACCUCACAGCACUGCAGCUUCUGAAAAUGAACAACAAUGAGAUGGUGAACCUUCCGAAGGAUGCCUUCUCCACGCUCAAAGACCUAAGAUCCCUCCGCAUCAACAACAACAAGUUUACUACCAUUGUGCAGGGUACCUUUAGUGCCCUCUCCUCUAUGUCUCACUUGCAGAUUUUCAAAAACCCAUUCACGUGCUCCUGCAACCUAGAGUGGCUACGGGAUUGGAUUGCAACCACUAAAAUUUCUGUGCCUGAUCCUAAUCAAAUUCAGUGUGAAACCCCUGAACAUCUGAAGGGGGUGGAGGUUUCGAAGAUUCCCAAGUUUCAGUGUGAAGCCCCCAUUGUCACCAUAACCUAUCAGCCAAACAUAGAGAACACUGUUCUUCAUGAGAGUGAUGCUGUUAUCUUAAACUGUGAGACAAAAGGGAGCCCCAUGCCUCAGGUCAGCUGGGAGGUGAUUGCUGGAAAUCAGAAUUACCUCUUCCCUCUGCCAUCCACUGCAGAAGUAAAUGAUGUGCCAGUAAAUGACAAAGCAACCAACAAUAGAUUCCUUGUCUUUAGAAAUGGGACUCUCUUUAUCCCUCGCAUGAGCAAAAAGGAGGAAGGCAAUUAUAGCUGCUCUGCAGUGAAUGAGUUAGGAAAGGCAGAGAGCAAUGUAAAAUUGGUUUUGGCUCCCAGCUCAAAACAAGGAAAUUCAGUCCCCGAUUCAACUCUGGACAAGAUCCGUCUUACUGGUAAAAAGACUUCAGACCCUAAGGCCGCCAAGAACAAUGUAAUCAACUGGGCUAAGCAUGAGGAAAAGACAAAGGAAAGCACAGAUGAUAGCUUGAAGCACAAAGUAGGCCAACCAGAAGAGGCUGGAGGUGUUCCCAAGAACCCUAGCUUUGGAAGCAAAUGUGGUGUGAGAGAGGGCAGUGAAUACAUCUCUAACCAUGCCUUUAACAUGACCCUGGAUGACCUAAAGCAGUACACCUUUGAUUUUGGUGUCAUUGCAUUGGAAGUGUCAGAGACAGAGGCCAAAGUGCAGCUAAACCCACUGCAGCUACCUAGCAGCAAAUCGAACCUUCACCUGAGCCAGACUGAGGACCAGGAAAUGGUUGUCAAGGAGCCCUUUGGUCAGCGACAGUCUUCUUCCAACAGGGAAACAUUAGACAUGCUCUACCUCUGCAUAAAAACAGGAAAUGGACACUCCCUGGUACAGUGGUCCAAUAUAGAGGAGGGGGUAAAUGCGUACCGCUUCCACGGCUUACAGCCGGGGACCAAUUACACUCUUUGUCUCACUUAUGGGUGGGAGGACUGCCAGGUCCAAGUAGUAUUCACAACAAGAAAAAAGAUCCCCUCCCUGCUAAUUAUUGUUGUGGUCAGCAUUUUCCUAUUGGGCCUGGCUACUGUCCCCUUGCUGGGAGCCACCUGCUGCCAUUUGCUGUACAAGUACCAGGGAAAGACCUACAAGCUGAUCAUGAAGACACAGAAUCCGGAUCAGAUGGAGAAGCAGAUGACAAGAGAUUUUGAUCCCAGGGCGUCUUUUGUGGAGUCAGAGAAAACCUUCAGCCCCAGCGAGGUGGGGGAGGGAGAGGAGGAGGCUGAGGGAGAGGAAGGAGACGGAGAAAGGGAUGGUGAUGCUGAGGGAAGCGUGGUGACCGAAUCCAUCCCCGGGUCCUCAUCAAAAACCAACCCGGAGGAGUUCGAGAUGGGCUCCGAGUACAGCGACAGGUUACCGCUGGGAGCGGAGGCCGUCACCAUCUCAGAGGAAAUCAACGGCAACUACAAGCAGCCCAGCCGCUGAGCUCCACGGACGUCUAAGAGUGUUGUGUAAAAAUAGUUUACUUUAAAGUAGCCUUUAUUCGAGCAGGUAACCCACACCUCAUCGAUACACCUCAGUUUAAAAAGAAGGCGGAGUUUCCUUCUUUUUUCUUUUCUUUUUUGUUACCUCAGACAGUCCUUCAAUCACUGAGAUUGUAAAUUACAUCGUGUUACAUUUUAUAGUCUGUUGUGUUUACAGAACAAGCACAGAUUUAGGCAGUUUAACGGACCUCAAACUGCGACAAGCAGCAAAAUGUUCCCUUUCUGCAGCACAAGCACGUGCCCAAAGCGCGCGGGGCGCAGUUUGCGCAAGACCAAAUGUAGGACAGCAAUUAGCCUACAAAUUCAAUCACCGGUUGGUUUGGAUCAUAAAAAAAUAGAAGGAAAAAACUAAAAAGCAACAAAAGAAACAAAACAACUGAAGUGCCAUAAUUUCUAUAUUAAUCCGUUUUAAUUAAACAGACAUCAGGGAGUCGCUUCUCUCUGCUUGCGUCUUUGUGCGCUGCUUUAAGGCCGCCUUUCAACAUCCUCUCAGGUGUCACAGUGUUCCAGGAAGGUUGGAUUAGUUCUUUUAAUGUGGCUUUUUGAUCAGGCUGCUGAUAUUUAAUAUGGGCAGAUGACUGAACCGCGUCUUGCUUGCUGUCCCGUGCGCCCCAAAAGAGGGAGAUUGCGCUUUUCAUCCAUGUUUGUGCUUGAUGGAUAAAAACUAUUCGGAAAAAAUAAAAUCAAAGGUUGUUAGCCUGUAAAAUGUUUCACGUCACGUCUAGAAAGGCUUUAAACGUUAUUCAACGGGUGUGCGCAGCAUCUAUCUACUCUCGCUUUUUACAAAAAAUAAAAAAACGCGUCCGUGGCAUGUCACGCGUGUUUUCAUUGUGUGGUUUUUGAUUAGUGUAGUCUGUAGGGCUUUAGAUGUUGCUCUCUAUAUGUGAUGUAAAUGCAACUUUAUUUUUAUUUCUUUUCUUUUUUUUUACGGCGAGCUGUGAUGUAGAGAAAAGGCGCACGGUGCGCCUCUCCGCUUCACCGUAAUUUGUUGCAUAAAGUGAUUUUUUUUUUGUGAACAAUGUUGUAAAAUGAAAACAAAAGAUGUGACCUUUUACGAUUUUUUUAUAUAAAUUUAUGUAAGUGGAAUUAAUAAAAUGUACAA